AUGGUAAACAUUCUAUUCAAAUCGCGGGGCAAGCGCAUUACGCGUUUACCGGAGAAUUUGGAUUUGAGCUCUGGUACUCCGGUGAAGGAAAUUACUCGUUUGCUAUCCAAGGCCACAGGAUUGUCUCAGAAUCGCCUCCGGUUGUCUAUUCCACCGGCUGAUGGUAAACCAACAGCCGGAAAGGAUAAGAAGAAGUCUGAUAUCGCUUUGGACCCUAAAGAAAAUAUCGGUGAUUAUUUUGGAACCGAAGACACUAUCACCAUCAAUGUUAAAGAUCUUGGUCCACAAUUGGCUUGGAGAACCGUAUUCAUUAUCGAGUAUUUCGGCCCAUUAUUCAUUCACCCGUUUUUCUAUUUUGCUCAGACCUUGGUGUAUGGUACUGAAUUUGAGCAUACUAGGGAGCAGGCUCUGAUUUUUGGAUUUGUUAUUUUGCACUUCCUUAAACGUGAGUUUGAAACUGUUUUUGUUCACAAAUUCUCUUUGGCUACUAUGCCACUCUUCAAUGUAUUCAAAAAUUCAGGUCACUACUGGGGUCUAUCUGGUAUUCUGUUAGGAUACUUCACUUAUGCACCAAGCUCAUUUUUUAGCUCACAUGCUUCUACUUUGUCCAAAUACUUGUUCAGCAGACAAUCAUUGUUUGAGUUGAGUGAGAUCUCGUACUUGGCAAUUUCUUUCUUGUGGGUAUUCGCUGAGCUCGCCAACUACAGAACUCAUGUGAUUCUUAGUAAUCUCCGAACCACCGGUUCAACUGAACGCAAGAUUCCAUAUGGUUUUGGAUUCAAUCUUGUCUCUUGUCCCAAUUACUUUUUUGAAAGCGUCGGAUGGCUCGCAAUCUUCCUACUUUCACAAAACUGGUCUGCUCUGGUCUUUUUCGUUGUUGCCACCGCCCAAAUGUGGGUCUGGGCUGUUAAGAAACACCGUCGUUAUAGAAAGGAAUUUCCCGAUUACCCCAAGGAUCGUAAGAUCUACGUACCCUAUUUGAUUUAA